GACACGCAGUAAGGGAGAACGGUCUCGGCUGUUUGAGAGGUUAGAGAGCGAUCAUUACGCCGGGCUGUGUGCGCGAGCGGAGUCGGGUCUCGUGGCCGGAGGACGUGUAUGUGGUUGUGGAAGGAUCGUUGUGUGUGAAACCCUCUCUGUUCCAGCAUGCUCACUGAGCCUGAGAUACCUCAGGAGUUUAACAGGAUGUCUUCCAAGCGACCAGCCUCUCCAUAUGGGGGAACAGAUGGAGAGGUAGUCAUGGCGACGAGCAGACAGCGAUUGGACGAUGACGAGGUUGACAGACAUGCUGUCAUUCACCUGCCCCUGAGUUCCUAUUGCAGCUCACCGCGUGCCCCAGACAGCCCUCCCACACUACACAGCGGCAUGGAUCAUGAAAGCAGUAAAGGUCUGGCCCUGAGUCCUUACACCCAGCACAACUCUUCUACCUCACCCAGUAAACAGCUGCAGCAGGACGAGGGUUUGGGCUUGGCCAUGGCUUUGGGCACGCCGGAGAGGCGCAAAGGCAGCCUGGCAGACGUGGUGGACACACUGAAACAGCGUAAGAUGGAGGAGCUGAUUAAGAGUGAACCUGAGGAGACCCCCAAUAUUGAGAGGUUGCUGUCAAAAGAUUGGAAGGACAAGCUGCUGUCCAUGGGUUCUGGUCACUUUGGAGAGAUCAAAGGUACCCCGGACAGCCUGGCGGAAAAGGAGAGGCAGCUGAUGGGCAUGAUCAGCCAGCUGAGCAGCCUCAGGGAGCAGCUGCUAGCCGCCCACGAGGAGCAGAAGAAGCUGGCGGCCUCGCAGAUUGAGAAACAGCGACAGCAGAUGGAGCUCGCCAAGCAGCAGCAAGACCAGAUUGCUCGGCAACAACAGCAGCUUCUGCAGCAACAGCACAAAAUCAACCUCCUACAGCAACAGAUCCAGCAGGUCCAGGGUCAGCUGCCACCUUUGAUGAUUCCCAUUUUCCCUCCAGAUCAGAGGACUCUGGCGGCAGCUGCUGCCCAGCAAGGAUUCCUCCUGCCCCCAGGAUUCAACUACAAGCCAGGCUGCAAUGACCCAUACCCUCUCCAACUGAUCCCCACCACCAUGGCAGCUGCUGCAGCUGCAACACCGGGCCUUGGACCUCUACAGCUCCAGCAGCUGUACGCAGCUCAGUUGGCAGCCAUGCAGGUGUCUCCGGGGGCCAAGCAUGGCUCUGUGCCUCAGCCCAACUUGGCAGCGGGCACACACUCGCCUACCAGUGGCCUGAGCGAGAAGAGGAGGAGCAGCCCACCACCCAAACUCAAGGACGAGGGCGCUCAGCCCCUGAAUCUGUCAGCCAAGCCUAAGACAUCCGAGAGCAAGUCACCCACCUCCCCCGCUUCCCCACAGGUCCCUGCCAUGAAGCUGGGCCAUGGAACCAUGAAGCACAGCGUCCACUCUAACAUCGGAGGACCUCCGCCCCGAAUCAGCUCAAUAGACCUGUUAUCAUCCAUCACUUCAGGAGGCUACCUGAAUGAUCACGAUGCUGUAAGCAAAGCCUUCCAGGAGGCACGGCAAAUGAAGGAGCAGCUAAAGAGGGAGCAGCAGGUCCUGGACGCCAAAGUGGCAGCAGUCAACAGCCUCGGCCUCAACAACGGGCGCUCGGAGAAGGAGAAGGCAGCCUUUGAGAGUCUGAGUCAGCAGAUGAAGCAGUCAGAAGAGACCAAAUUCACUCAGGCCAUGAUGGACUUUGGCAUGAGCGGCGACUCUGAUGGCAGCCCCAGUGUGUCGGAUUCAAGGAUUUUCCGCGAGGCUCGAGGUCGUGGCAGCGGCGAACCGCACAUCAAGAGGCCCAUGAACGCCUUCAUGGUUUGGGCAAAAGACGAAAGGAGAAAGAUUCUGCAAGCUUUUCCUGACAUGCAUAACUCCAACAUCAGCAAAAUCCUCGGCUCACGAUGGAAGUCCAUGACCAACCUAGAGAAGCAGCCAUACUACGAAGAACAGGCACGCCUCAGCAAGCAGCACCUGGAGAAAUACCCCGACUACAAGUACAAGCCGCGGCCCAAACGCACAUGCCUGGUGGACGGCAAGAAGCUGCGCAUCGGUGAAUACAAAGCCAUCAUGCGCAACCGCAGACAGGAAAUGCGGCAGUACUUCACCGUGGGGCAGCAGUCCCAGUUGUCACUUUCAUCAGCAGGCGUGGUCUAUCCAAGCGCCCUCUCCAUGGCAGGCAUGCCAUCACCCCAGAUGCCCUCUGAGCACUCGAGCAUGUCCAGCAGCCCCGAACCAGCACCGCCCACUGGCCCACCCUCAUACCUCAGCAUCAGCAAAGGGGAUGAGCCUCGCAUCAAGGAGGAGGACCUCCGGCUGGACAGGAGCAAUGGCGACGCCUACGAGGACUUUGACUAUGAGGACGAGGACGGAGACUUCGGCAGUGACAGUGAAAAUCAUGCCACCCAGUAAAACCAAUCAUCCGGUCUGCUGAUCCCUCACUGUAAAACCUCAUCCCUUCUCUACCCUUCACCCAAACAGGACUUGAAAAGAGCCAAGCCCCUCCCACAGGAGCCCUGAUACCAGCAGCAGUAAAGCACAGGCCCUGUCUGUCAAAGCGACUGUUACACUAAACAAGGGUCUUGGAAAGGAAGUGAGAUGCCAAUCUGCCAUGACUUUUGCUGAGAACUUGUCGCAAUUUUUAUGAUGUUGUGAGUAAGCUACAGGAAGGAAGAGAAGCUCAUUAUAAAGCAGGACCUGUUUGUCGGCCUGUCAGAGACACUUUAUAAUGGUGGACCUGCUUGUCUAUAGAGACACUUUUAAGACUGCAUUUUUCUGGGUUCUAUAAUAUUCUCACUCAGGUACACGGUGCCAACAAGUGGCUUGUGAAUGUGAUUCGUUGUUUUUUUUGUGCUACGGUUUUAAUAGAGAAAAAAAGCAUUUAUUUUCCUGGUUUUGAUGUAAAGCACCUGACUUCACCGAAUUCUUUUUUUUUUUAAAGAAAUUCAUGCUUCUUCUGGUGAACCCCCUGCAGAGUCCUUUCCUUUUCCACACUAUAUCACAUACAUUCAUGCUCAGAAUGGAUGAAGGGCCAAGGAAAGGGUAGAGGGCUGAACAGCACUAAAGCAGGCAAUCCCCAAUAGAAUCCUACACUUUUUCUGCACUUUCUCUUCUCCUCCUCUUAUGCAGCAUGUCUUACCUCUCAAAGUCAGAGCAGUUCAAGUUCAUUUACAUUUGUGCAUUUGGAUUGAUUUUUAUUUUGUCAAGUAGGAGGAGGUAAACAGAAGCAACAUAUUCUGAUGAGAGCACAAUUCGAGAGCCAGAAUAUCACGUCCAACUCUCCCUCUGUCUCAGUCCCAAACAGACUGUUUUCACCAUCAUUGAAAAUGUAGCGCCUGUCCUCUUUUCCCAGAAAAUAAGGAGAGAAAAUGAGAGACAAAGGCUCCCCUGACAAGGGCCUGGCACUGAAUGGCCAGCCAAAUAGAGAGAAAAUAAAGGGGGUCUGUGGUUGCCCAGUCUGUUCUUCCCUAGGCGUUUAGAGCUCUACUUACCAAGAAAAACCUUCAAAGCACUGGGCAACACUCUGUCUGUCUGUCCAUUUUGAGUAUCUAAAUUUUUAUACACUCUUAAAACAGAUGUGUUAAAAACAGCAGCUUAUAUGUUCCAAUUCCAGUGAUUUUUUUUAGCUACACAAUGUCAUGAAGUGUUCUUUUGCCCUAAAAGCACUA